AUAAACAACGUUUAGAAAAGUUCGUGGAGAACAGCAUUUGCUAAAAUGGCUGUUCGUGGUAAUACUUUGACCCCGUUCUCCAUCCAAGCAAUUUUAACCAGAAAGGAUGAAAAUCGACACUCGAAAAAUUUGGACGUGUCUUGUUUCUCGCCCGCUACCUGUUGGAAGAUGUUGAACGCUUUGGAUUCCUGUCCAAAGAUCAAUGCGUCUUCUGGGAAAAUCGAUGCAGGGAGAGAUCUGCCGAGUGAGCAGCUCUGUUGUGACUCUGAUUCAGGCGUCGGUGAUGAAAAUGACUGUAAAAAUCAUUCGAUUUGCAACUCGGAAAAGGAGCUAGAGAUUGCAGCAGCGUGCUCCUUCCAGUCGAAACCAAUGAAGGAAGCAAGUUCAAGUCUCAGCCAAGAUAAAGAUGAUAAUAAGGACUAUCUGUGUAGCGGAGGAAUGCCAGAACAUUUAGCAGCUCCAAGCCCCAUUGACGAAGACUGUAAAUCUGAGCAGAGCCCGGAUCAGCCCAAACAGAGAAAGAAACGCUCCAGAGCCGCCUUCUCUCAUGCCCAGGUAUUCGAGCUCGAACGCCGCUUCAAUCAUCAAAGGUAUCUGUCUGGUCCCGAGCGGGCGGAUUUGGCCGCCUCCCUCAAACUCACCGAAACUCAGGUUAAAAUCUGGUUCCAGAACCGCAGGUACAAAACCAAACGUCGGCAGCUUGCUGCUGACCUGAUGGCUUCGGCUCCAGCCGCGAAGAAAGUAGCAGUGAAAGUGUUAAUCCGGGACGAUCAGAGACAGUACAGCCCGGGAGAAUUACUUCGGCCAUCACUGCUCUCUCUUCAACCAUCAUACCAGUACUAUCCGUUCACCUACUGCCUGCCGGCAUGGACAGUAACCGCUUGCUCGGGGACUCAAUAGAUUCUUGUUUUUCAAAGAACAAAGUUUCAAAUACGCGCCCUUAGAACUACAGUAUUUAUUUGCGUUUGUUUGAAGUAUAAGCUGCAGACUGGGCUCAGCAGAUGGAGUUUCCAUGGUAUCCAUGUAACUGAUAUUUAAUUCGAAUCCAGCUUCCAGUAAUGAAAGACCGCCGGAAAGGGAGAGAGCAAAAAAAAAAUGCGGCGGACGUACUCUAAAUUUUACAGAAAAGAAUCUCGAAGUUUUGCCUUGGUUGGACAUGCUUUUCUUUUCUAUUUUUGCGAAGCAAUGUGUGCUGAAUGUAUGAACCAUUAGAGAAACUGCGGGCUGUCUCUUAAGUGCAAAUAUCUAAAGAGAGAUAUAUUGUUUUAUUACACUCCCUGGUUAAGAACAGCGGAGGGAAAAAGGCGCAGAACAUUUAACGUUUUCUCGCAGACUGCUUUGGGUGAUGUUGUGAAGAUGUUUGCCCCAAUCUCAAAAUCAUUUCGAUCUGUGAUUAUAUCCGAGCAGUUAAUAGGGGUAAGAAUUUAGCACUUUCCGUUCUUUUUGAUAUUUAGUAGCGAUUAGUGUGGGCGAUCUUAUUGCAGGCUUUCUUUGUAAUAGCAGCGUGUGUAAAAUUAUAACUGGUUAAUCAUUUCUCAUGAAUGGAUCCGGAAUUUAAACUAAAACUAGGAAUGAAUGUUUAAACACGGCACAAAUAUCACAGCGACAGAGGAUGGCUCGAUUCAGGACGGUGCCUCUGGAGUUGUAACCCUCUUAUGAAAGUGUUCGCUCUGAAUUAUUUCCAGCUCUUAAAACAAUAAAAUUUACUA